UUUUUCCAAAAAUUCCAAGUAGUCUUCUCCAAAAAAAACAUAAAUAGGAAAUGUUAAAAAAUUUAAUAAAUUCAACUUUCUUUUAACAAAAAGAAAAGACAAAAAAUACAAUGUACACAUUACUAUCGGGUCUAUACAGAUAUUAUACACAAAAAGAUGAAUAUUGUAUAGUAAUUCUUGGUUUGGAUAAUGCCGGAAAAACAACUUACCUGGAAGCAGCUAAAACAAAAUUCACAAAAAACUAUAAAGGUAUGAAUCCAGCUAAAAUCACAACGACAGUUGGCUUAAAUAUUGGCCAAAUUGAUGUAUUCGGAAUACGUUUGAAUUUCUGGGAUUUAGGUGGUCAAACAGAAUUGCAAUCGUUAUGGGAUAAAUACUAUGAAGAGUGCCAUGGUGUCAUUUAUGUUAUUGAUUCUAAUGAUCGUGAACGAAUGGAUGAAUCAAAAGAGAUUUUUGAUACUAUGAUUCAAAAUGAACACUUGUCUGGAGUGCCAUUGCUAGUUUUGGCCAAUAAACAGGAUCUUCCUGAUGUCAUGGGUGUGAGAGAAAUCAAGCCUGUUUUCCAACAAGCUGGCGAUCUAAUUGGUCGCAGGGAUUGCCUAACUAUGCCCGUGUCAGCUCUAACGGGGGAAGGUGUUGACGAAGGCAUCAAAUGGCUUGUGGAAGCCGUCAAAAGAAACUCAAUUGUCCGACCACCUAUGGAAAAUGACUGAAACUCCCAAAACACCCUACCCAAUAAAUCCCCUCCAAUUUAAAUUUUCCAAAUCAAUUCCAAAACUAAAAUCCAACUUUAAUGUAAAUAAAACACAAAGUUUAUUCCUUGUGUGUAAUCUUUAGUUUUUAAGGUUUUAAUCGAAACGAAAAAGAAAUAAGAAAUACAACAAUUUAUAGAACCAAA